GUUUGAGAAGGUUGACAACAAAACGGGUAACAUGACGUAAAGCAUUUGAGUGGAUUUAAUCGAAGACAAGGGAAACUGGACCAGUGUGGUGUUUACUAAUUGGAUUAACGCUGGUGGAAUUCUUAAGGAAUAGAUCUUCCAAGACUCGUUCGAGUUCCAAUAAAGCAAUCGACGCAUCUUUGUUGUCAAAAAAUUGCCACCGUUUGGACGUGUGUAUUAGUGCAGAGGAAUUUUUAAAAAAGCAGACGCGUCUUUUCGCCAUUCAAAGAAUGUAGGCCAAAGAAACCAUCUAAUUAAUGUUUUAGGUGUUGUGCUGUUUAGCAUCGUUGUGUUUCGUAGGUCUAGAGAUAUAAUCCCCCGGCUACCAGAGGCGAUAGCUGUUACGGCUUCCAACUUCCAAGAUGGCGGCCCCCAUGAAGGCGAUUAUUUUUACCGUGUGUUUAAGCUUCUUACUACAUUCCGACGUUUUCUGCGUUAAGCAGUUAACAUCACGGGACCACAAGUUAAUAGUUGUACAUGACGAUUCAUAUCUGGAAUUUAGUCCUUUUAUUAACGCUCAUCGCAGUAUCAGAUCCGUAGGAUUAUACCAUAAUAAUAAUAGGCACAAGAGGGAAACAUUUAGAAAGGUUUCAGAAAGUAUAACGAUACCAGAAGAUAAGAAAAACGUGUUGUUUGAGUUUUCAGAUACGACCCGAAAUUACGACUUUGUGAGUUCGACAGUAAAGUAUUUGUUGAUUCUGAAUGGAAACUCGCUGAAUCGCAACACUUCUAUGAAAUUGGAUUAUGAAGACCCUGCUCAUAGAACCAUCACAGUUAUUGUCAAUGGAACCAAAAAUAAUGAUGAUGUCGUACAGACAGAGUUGACGAUAACGGUGACCAACGUGAAUGAUGAGUAUCCAGUGUUCAAGAACCAGCCGGUGCCAUUCCUGGCCACCGUGGGCCUCAACACCGGCCCAAACGUCAAGGUGUACGAAGUUAUCGCUGAGGACUCCGACCCAAACUCAAACGUCACAUACGCACUGGAAUCGGGUGGUGAAGGAAGGUUCCGUAUAGAGACCGUGAAUGUGUACGAUGAAGACAUGCGAGCCAACAUCAAGGUUGGGAGGAUCUUGACUGAAGGUCAGGGUCAGUUUGCUGAUGGCAGACGGUAUGAUCUGGUCGUGGUCGCCCAGGACGUCAGCACCUUUCCUCCACAGCGGACGCUGAAAACGGUCCAAGUUUUGGUGGGAGUGCGGCCUCCACAGUUUUAUAAGGAAGCCUACCAUGGUUCUGUGUUUGAAAACAACGGCAUUGGUCAGACGCUGCAAGGUGAGUUGAAGGUGCGAGCAAAGCCGUUCCAGGACAAGACGAUCACAUAUCAGCUGCUGGAUGAGAACAACCGCACGUCGGUCCUGUUCCGCAUCGACGGUGACGGCACCGUCCUCACGCAGCAACUGCUCGACUAUGAGUCGGUGCCACGACAGCAGCGACCCCCUACAUACAACCUGCAGAUCAAGGCCAUCGAGGCGGAAACCAACUUGUACGCACUGGCCCCGCUGGAAGUGCAGGUAAAAGACAUGAAUGAUAACGAUCCUAUCUUCAGUCUGUCCCAGUAUCAAGCAAGUGUCCAGGAAGAUCACCCUGUCGGUGACAGCGUUCUCAGAGUGACGGCUACGGAUGAUGACAGUGGGACGAAUGCAGAACUGGAGUACAGCAUAGACCAUGAGUUGUUUAUGGUGCAAACUGUAAAGGAAGGAGGGAGUUGGAUCGGUGUCGUCAAAGUUAAAGCGCCCUUGGACUAUGAUGAAGUCCCUAGUCAUAUGUACAUCAUUAAUGUCAAGGCACAGGACAAAGGCGCGCCAAUCCGUACUGGUACGGCAAUUAUUCGGGUCUUUACCACAAACGUCAACGACAACAAGCCAAUGCUGCAACCGCCAACGAUCAGACACUUGAUGGAAGAUGCUGAAGUCGGGAAACAAGUCACCAUGUUGGUUGCUGUCGAUUUGGAUGGCGACAAUUUUAAAUUUUAUUUCUCACCUCAGAAAACUACUUCUGAAAUAUUUGAAAUAAUUCCCGAUUCUGGCUUGAUCAAAACAACUGCAACAAUUCCGCAAGAUAAGAACUCGUACACGUUGAAUAUCUCUGUAAUAGACGAUGGUUCUUGCUGUUCAGGUCCCGACAUACAGCAGCAUAACUCAUACAUUGUGAUCGAAAUAACGGAUAUCAAUGAUCAAAAGCCGACCUUCAUAAAUUGUAAUGGAUACACGAAAUUGGCUAAAGUUGCAGAGAACCAGCAAGUGGGCACCAGCGUAAUUAGGGUAUCUGCUCAAGAUGGUGACAGAGGGGAUAACGGCAAAGUGAGCUACUCCGUUUUACGUAGCGAUAACCAACAGCCGUUGUUUGCCAUCACGGACCCAAUGUCUGGAGAGGUUACCACGGCGGCAGUGUUUGAUCGAGAGAAGGACCGUUUUAUCUCGCUGACGAUAUUGGCUCGCGACGGCGGAAAACCGUCUCUCGAGGGUUACUGUACGUUUAGAGUUAUCAUCGAAGAUGAGAAUGACAAUGCUCCAAAAUUUGACCAGACGGAAUACCAUGCUACCAUUCCACAGUCUUAUGGGACGGAACGGUCCGUUAUAACCGUCCGAGCUUCCGAUAUUGAUAUAGGGGAAAACGCAAGUCUGUCAUACUUCUUCGUUGCCAAUGAAGACAGUAGGUUCUUCAAGAUAGACACGGAUAUUGGAUUAAUUAAACUUAAUAAGUCUGCACUGAAGGAAACCUACAUUUUCUCUGUGAUGGCGAAAGACCAUGGUAAUCCCCCUCUCAACAGCACUGCCCGAGUUACUAUUAAGGUCGCAAAUCGAACCAGUGUCCCGCCAUCUUGGGAUGAUCCGAACUAUGACACGACACCGUAUACAAUUAAUGAAACUGCGAGUUUUAGUCAGAUCAUAACAGUAUUCUCUGCAACUUCCAAUGUGGAUAACCCAAUUCUGACAUUUCAUUUGAUAGACGACACUGGCAAUCCUAGAGAAAUUGUGGACCCCUUUAGGGUGCAGACAAACAGAAACAGUGCAACUUUGAGCGUAUAUGGAAGGAUGGACAUUAAUCAAAAAGACAAAUACCAACUGCGUCUACGGGUAACGAAUCGUGGAGCAGUAUCAUUGAGUUCUGAAAUUCAUCCCACAAUUCACCUGAUUGACACAAAUAAUCAGAUACCAGUGUUUGAUGGGUUGGACAAGAAUACAGGAUAUUAUCCUGGUAGUGUGGCAGAGAAUAUGGAAAAAGGACAACGGGUCAUUGAGGUCAAAGCCUAUGAUGCUGAUCAGAAUCCGCCAAACAAUGUAUUGAAAUACACGCUGCAGGAUCCAUCCAAUGCUCCGGGCAUUUCAAAGAAGUUUUAUCUGGAUGUGGUGGACAACAACACGGUGAUAGUGAGAUCGAACGCAUCGUUUGACAGGGAGGCUAUUCCCAACUCUAAAGUCUAUGUCGACAUCAUGGUUCAGGAUGGAGCUCCGUCCACUCUCAACACCAAUGGACUCCCUAACUCAGCCGUAGCCACAAUUGAGGUGACAAUAACUGACAUGAAUGACAAUCCGCCUGUCUUUCCACAAAAUGUCUACAAUGCCACAGUGGAUGAAGAUGCUGUUAUCGGAUCCAAAGUGAUACUAGUUCAAGCAAGGGAUGUCGACAGUGCUGCCACACUUCUGUACUCCAUCAAGAGUGGGAAUACUCGCAAUGCUUUUAAGGUGCAAGAGAAAGAUGGACAAAUUAUGGUGGGGCGUCAGCUUGAUUAUGAAAGCAGUGAUCCAAAAGUCUAUCCGCUUGUGAUGGAGGUGUAUGAUGGUAUAUACACUAGUAGUACCACGGUCAACAUUAAAGUAAGAGAUGUGAACGACAACCCACCGAUGUUCACGGAGAACACAUACAUUGUGGACGAUGUGGUUGAAGAAGAUCCCAACAUAAGCCCAUCCAACAAGCGCUACCUCCUUACGGUUAGUGCAACGGAUGCAGAUAAAAACCGACCGACACGAAUUCGCUACAAAAUCCCGGGAAAUGCUGUGAACACCUUUCAAAUAGAUGAGACCUCGGGAGAGUUGUUUUUGCUGAAACCUCUAGAUCGAGAUGAGCCCAACGGUAAAGCGCUGUAUCAGUUCAACGUGCAAGCCCAAGAUGAAGAUAUCCAUCCCAACUACGGCUACACCUCGGUACAGAUCAGACUGAUUGACAUCAAUGAUAACAGCCCCAUCAGGAAGAACUCACUCACGGGAAGAGUUCCUGAACAUUCCAAGCAAGGUACGGUUGUUAUGACUGUUGCCUUUGAAGACUAUGACGAAGGCCGAAAUGGUUCAACUGGUCUCACGUACCGAUUUGUCGAAUGGGAGAGUGCCGGUCAAAGAGAAUUAUUCAGCAUUGAUGCUGAUGGAAUAAUUAGGACAAACACAAACGAAAACAAUCUGGACCGGGAGACGACAGCCCAGUAUAAGCCGAUUAUCUUGGUGGAAGAUGGUGGCCCUGGAAACACGAAGCGAAGUACCACAGCCACUCUCACCAUCCAAUUGAGCGACAUUAAUGACAACAAACCUGAAUUUCAGGACCAGCCAUAUAAGAUGACGCUGUCUGAAAAUCAAAAGUCGGGCCGGAUCGGACGUGUGGUUGCCACUGACAGGGAUGUUGGCAACAAUGCCAAGUUGCAGUAUUCUUUGGUCAACAGUGCCGAAAUCUUCAGAAUCGACACCGUCAACAAUGAAGGAAUCAUGAACGUCUUUCAGCCUGUGGACUAUGAGGAUGUAUCACAGCGCUUUUUCAACAUCACUGUCCGAGUUCAGGAUCCAGAACCCUCACAUUAUGACGAGGCUUACGUGCAGGUGACCGUUAUUGAUUUCAACGACAACGAGCCCAAGUUCUCGAUUCCGCUGCAGGUUAAGAGUGUUCUGGAAAACAUACCUGUCGGGACGUCCAUUGCCCACUUCUCUGCUUCAGACAAGGACAGCAGUAUUAACAAGGAGUUCGUUUUUUCCAUUGACCGCAAAACUGAUCCACAUAAACUGUUCACCAUCACACAGUAUGGCGAGGAAGGAAACAUCACGAUCCGCAACGAGUUGGACCGGGAAACACAGGCGCUGCAUGUUCUGCACAUCUUGGCCAUUGACAAAGGUGACCCCGCUCUCACUGGCACGGCCACGCUGUCACUAACGGUGCUGGAUGUCAAUGACAACGCUCCCAUCUUUGCCGCCGACUACCAUCCGGUUGUCAUGGAGAACGAUCAGAACUACCCGAAGCUGAUCAUCAAGGUCAAUGGAACCGACAGAGACGCCAAUCCCUUUGGGCCUCCAUUUGGUUUCGCCGACCUCUGUCCCAAAGAUCCAGUCUGUGCCUUUUUCAGUCUACAGUUCCAACCAAAUGGAGAUGGUGGUAACGGUUGGGCGCUGGUUAGCACAAAGGCGGAGUACGACCGAGAGAAGACCAAAUACUACUACAUGCCCAUUGUGAUGUGGGACAUGCGGGGCCACAAAGACGCCCCGAGGCUUGCCAUGACAGGUACCAACACCCUCACCAUAGAGAUCGGCGACGAAAACGACAACAAGCAUGGCCCUGGCCACAAAGAGAUAUUUGUGUACAACUAUAAAGGUCUGUUUGGAGACAUCGAGAUCGGCAAUGUGUAUGCUACUGACCCUGAUGACUGGGACAGAGUGGACAAGACAUUCAUAUACACCGGACCAGAGUUCAUGAAGAAAUAUUUUGUGGUGAACGAGGGUACAGGUAUUAUCACAAUGCAGAAGGGCGUACCAUCAGAUGAGUACACGUUCACGGUUCGUGUAGUUGACGAAAAGUGGCAAGGCCUAGCAGCGGACUGCUCUGUUACCGUGACGAUCCAGGACCUUCCAGAAGAGGCGGUGUAUAACUCGGGAGCUGUGCGUCUAUCAGGAAUCACUGCAGAAGAAUUUGUGGAGAGAAAGAAGAAACAAACGGAUAACAUAAAAGAAUAUGAAGAUAGUAAGCUGGACAAAUUUCGAAGACUGUUGGCCGAUAAGCUUAAUGUGCCAACAGAGAAUGUGGACAUUUUCAGCAUCAUGAACAACGGUCAGUUCACAGACGUCCGAUACAGCGCCCAUGGGUCGCCAUACUACCCGUCUGAAAGAACGGACACUGUCUUAGUACUCAACAAGAAGCAGUUUGAGUCGGAUGUUGGCAUCACUAUAGCCAUGGUACCAAUAAACGAGUGCCUCAAAGAAGUGUUUGUAGGCGGCUGCUACAACUUCCUGAAUGUGACGGGCCGGCCGAAACUCGUCAACACGAAUGGGACAUCACUUAUUGGUGUGGAGACGUUCGUCCAGGCAACAGAGGGAUGUCGUCCCCCACUUACAACGUGCUCUCCGAACUACUGUCUGAACGGAGGCACUUGCAGCGUAAACGACGGACAUGAUCCCAGCUGUGAAUGCCCUCCUCCUCCUUCCUCCUGUUUGAAUGGACCUCGCUGUCAGGAGACCCGCCACAGCUUCGACGGAAACAGCUUCUCCAUGUUCCCGACACUGGAGCAGUGUGAGGGUGCGACGACCUCCAUCUCCAUCAUCACCACGAAGGAGAACGGCUUGAUCCUAUACAAUGGCCCCGAGGGAGUCCUGGCAAAGGACCAGCCUAGGGAUUUCAUCUCCCUCGAACUGCUGAACGGAUACCCGAAACUGAGGAUCGACCUCGGAACGGGAGAGCUCGAGUUGUAUGUCAACGGGCGAGACUCGCACGGUACUGUCAUAAUGCAGAAGCUGAGCGACGGAAAGUGGCAUCACAUUGAAGUAAUCCGUAAAGGACGGGAAGUUAAACUAAUUGUGGACCACUGUGAAUCGGCAUGGCAGAGUACAGAUAAAAUGGUGUGUGAAAAGUCAGGAACGACUCCCGGCAUAAACGAGUUCUUGAACGUUGGCUCCAUGUUACACCUGGGUGGAACGAACGCCAAGCCUAUCUACCCAGCGAAUCUCCAGCCUGCCGGGUUUGAUGGUUGCGUCAAGAGGUUGAUGCACAAUGGACGGUUGUACGAUCUGACAGUGAAGCAAUCUUUGGGUUACUCGUCCGGUAAACCUGGCUGCCAACGUGAGGACAGCAUCUGUGGUGUGACGCCGCCCUGUGGUGAGAGCGUCUGUGGCAAAAACGGUCUGUGUGUGUCGUCGUGGAAACCCAGUUCCUACGUCUGCAUCUGUAAACCAAUGUGGCGAGGAAGACAGUGCAGUAUAGAGACGACGGUGAAGGACAUGAAAUCUCAGAGUUACUUCGAGUGGCACCUCAACAACAGUUUCUACAACAAGCUGCACGGCGUCGGUGACUGGAAGCUGCAGCUGCACAUCAUGUUCCGCACGCGCGACGAGGACGGCGUCCUCCUCACCCUGUCCUCGGCCGAUGGGCACCAGGCCAUCACGUUGCAGAUCAUUAAGACUCGUCUGAUACUGACAUACAUGCUGGACGGGGUGAGCCGAAACCUCGAGCUGUAUUACCGCCAUGUCAGUAACGGACAGUGGCACACGGUCGAGAUGCAGCGAUUUGGAAAGGAAUUCAUUCUCACGAUGGACAAUGGGGAAGAGAACAACUACAACAGAACCUUCAGUGAAGACGACAAGGACAAGAUGACAAUAUCGACAACCGUGCACGCGGGGGCCAUUCCUUCACAGUCUUCUGGCGUCACGGUCGUUGACAAAGACCUGGAAGACACAUGUGUGAAUGACAUCCGGAUGAACAACCGUUACUUUCCCAUGCAGUACAACGAAAACAACGACAUUAAUUUAGCCGCGUCACUUACCAAGAACCCGAACAUUGCCGACGGCUGCCAUCGGGAUGACUGUUUGGGCGUUGUUUGCCCUCCGCCAGAAGUCUGCUAUCCACUGUGGGGUGAUAAAGAGUGCAGAUGUCCAAAACACUAUGAGAGAAUCAAUGGCCUGUGCCAGAUGAUUGUGUACUGUAAUAGCCACAACUGCUUCAGUGGCUCCACCUGUGUGGAGGAUCUCAGCAUGGACAGAGGCUAUCGGUGUGAGUGUCCACCGGGCUGGACAGGAGAUUUCUGUAACCAACAGGCACCAGGACCACUCACGGCAGGAAUAACAACGGCAGCCAUUGUUGCCAUUGUUAUCAGUGUCUUUGUCCUAUUAGUUCUUGCUCUUGUCGUUAUACUGUUUGUGAAGUUCGUAGAAACAAAGAAAGCUGAUGACAAAUACAUCUUAGAAGUCGACUCGUAUGAUGAUAUCCGUGAAAAUGUGAUCAAUUAUGAUGAGGAAGGCGCUGGUGAAGAAGACCAGGAAGGCUACGACAUAAACCGACUGAGAAAACCAGAAGAUUCACUUUAUAAACCUCAUGAUCCCAUGAUGAGAAGGGAUGUGCCACUCACAAAUGCACCUGGUGAGACCCCAGAUGUGGGAAACUUUAUCAACGAUCGCCUUGGCGACGCCGACCAAGAUGGCGGAGCUCCACCCCACGACAGUGUGAGAGAGUUCGCGCAUGAGGGUGGCGACAGUGACGCUGGGUCCCUCAGUUCCCUGAACACAACAUCAUCAACGCGUAGCCAGGACUACGACUAUCUCAAUGACUGGGGGCCAAAGUUCGCCAAGCUCGCAGACAUGUACGGAGCUGGCCAAGAGGCUGAGGAAGACUAAACCAAUGUCAUUACCAUCACACUUGGAAGACUAAACCAAUGUGUAUCUGCUGCUAAAAAAACAUACAUGACAGAAAUCAUCAUGACUUAUUUUACAGUAUCUGACACAACAGUAAUGUCAACUGGCCACCGAUAGUUGGUUUUCUUGUAUUUUAAACCACUGAAUUAAUCUUUUGACAAAAGACACAUUGAGGGUUACAAGUAUAGCUUUUGCACACAUAUUUUUUGCUUUAAAAGUUUAUAAAUGCAUAAAAUAGGGUUUGACACAAGCUGUUGGUCCCAUGUAGUGAAUGUUUGUUUAUCUGGGCUAGUGGAAAUUAUCAACUGUCUUACUAUAAUACAUAGAGCUAGACACUUUCUUAAACAUGGA